ACAGCGAGUAAACAAACGUUCCAGAGAGGAGGUCACUUCACGCGUAAAAUAUCGAGUAAAAUAAAGUAAUGGUGCAAGAUGUUCGGUUUUUCGGGACGUAAGGAUGACAAAUCUAAGCAGCAGAAGAGAGGACACGGCCGUAAAGGGGGAAAUUUGGCACAGUUUGGCCUAAUGGAAGUGCCUGAUAUGGACAACCUAACCAUUGGAGCAGAUGACGAUGAUGACGAUGGAGAUUUGGAGGCAGAGCUGCUUGCCCUCACAGGGGGAGAAAGGAAACCUAAGAAAGCUCCCAAAAAGAUUGUUUCCCCACACGAGCUCGACAAAAUGGUGAAUGAGUGCAUGCGUGAUGACUACGAUGAAGAGCUCUCAGACGAGGAUGACCCAGAUCUGCUGGCCGAGCUAUCCGCCCUGAGCUCCCAAGGUGGCGAUGAUGAACCAGCCAAGCCAUCCCCUCCCCCCACAGCCCCCUCCCAGCCUCCACCCAGCAACAGCUACCGAAACCCGGAGCCAAGGGGGCACAGGCCUGCUCCCAUGACAGGGGGAAGCAACCUAGUGAGCUUGCUGGCAGAGAGGGUGGCCAUGUAUGAGGAAGCAGAGGCUAAUGCCAAGUCCUGUGGGGAGACUUCGAGAGCACGGAGGUUCAACCGAGGGCUAAAAACACUACACCAGAUGCAGAGGGCAGUCAAAGCGGGCCAGGCGAUCAACGAAGAAGACAUCCCCCCUGUGGUGGUUGUGAAACACAGUGCCAAGUCAGGGGGUUCUAACACUCCAACAUCAACACCCUCUCCUGCUGCUACAUCUCCUACAGAGGAUGCUGCACCCCCCCCAGUCCCCCCACACAACAGGAACUCCUCAGCUUCUCUGGUUCAUGAGGUAGCCUUCCAUGACCCGAGAUAUCCCACUCCCCGUGGGUCUACGAGGACAAGUCCGGUGAAACAGGAUUCCUCCUCCAACACCACCAACCGGCCAGCACCCCCUCCUCCACGCACAACGCCUCCCUCUGGCCCUCCCCUCCAGCGCUCUAUGUCCUCGUCUGGACCAGCAAGUGCAGUGAAGACACGCCACACUGAAUACAAGAUGGCUGCCCUUGAAGCCAAGAAGAAAGGAGACAAAGAAUCUGCCAUCAUGUACAUGAGGAUAAUGAAGCAGCUGGAACCCAUGCUGAGCGCAGCUGAGAGCGGACAGGCCGUGGACCUCACAACUCUGCCUGGGCCGCCCGGGACGUUUGUGUUGCAGGCCUCACCACAGCCCAAGCCUCAGCCAGAGACAGUGUCAACACAACCAGUUGCUCAGGAUAAUGCCCCUGCCCCUGCCCCUGCUGAUGCUGCCCCUGCUAGUGCCCCUGAUGGCCCUGCAGCUCCAGCAACAGUCUUGGAGGCAUUAGAACAACGAUUAGCAAAGUAUGCGGAACAACGAGACAAGGCAAAGAAUGAAGGAAAUGCCCGCAAGGAACGCAUGAACCAGCGCAUCAUGAAGCAGUUUCAGGAUGCAAUUAAGUGUCACAAAGCUGGCAGACCUGUGCCAUUUGAUGAGCUGCCUUGUCCUCCUGGCUUCCCUCCAAUCCCAGUUGGUGACAGCAAGCCACCCCCUGCUGCAUCCGAUACAGCUGCACCUCAGGCAGAUCCUAGCACAGGUGGACCUCCUGCUGCUAAACAGCCAAGACCAGAUGCUGCUCAAGCUGCUGAAGAGAGUAAAAAGACAGCACCAACACCAAAUGUCCGCAAGGCACCCCAGUCACGCGUAGAAAAGCAAUUGGCCUUCCUCCUUAAGAGACAGAAUCAGUUCAAGCAGGCUGCCCUCGAAGCGAAGAAACGCGGAGAGAUUGAGCAAGCCAAGGAAUACCUUCGGAUGAGCAAGGGCUUCGACCAGCUCAUUGAUGCUACUCGAGGCGGUCUGCCUAUUGAUAUGAACACCGUGCCAGUGCCACCUCAGGAGCAGAUUCCUGCAAUUAGCAAUAUAGACUUCGAACUGGUGGAUGCAGAAGAUUGCGUCGUUGCUCCGGCUGGCGUCAGUGGAGAUGCAGCGGUAACUUAUGCCAAGCUCGAAGAGGAUCUUAUUGCUCAGAUCAAAAUGUGUGCUCAGACCCGUGAACAUUUCAAAGCAACAGGAGACGUUGCAAGUGCAAACAGAUUUGAGCAGUUGAUACUUCACACCAAAAAAGAUUUAGAUGCAGUGAGAGCGGCAUGUAAGAGAGGAGGCACAAUACCACGUUUCCAUUACGAAAAUAGGUCCUUUACUAUAGUGCAAUGUAACACGGACUUGAAUGAUUCCGAUUGUGAGGCUUGUGUGCUGAGGGGAGUCAACUUCAAUGUCCAAAACCCCAAUGAUGUAGAUACAUAUGUAAAGCUAGAGUUCCCAUAUCCGUCUGACAACCCUCCCCAAGAUCGUUCCAAUGUGGUAAAGGACACAAACAAUCCAGAAUACAACCACAAGGUAGUCUUUAGCAUCGACCGCAAGGCAAGAGCCCUUGCCCGUGUGUUCAAGAGGCAUGCUCUUAAGGUCCAGGUGUGGGCUAAGGGUGGUUGGUUCCACCGUGAUACGAUGUUAGGCCAGGUGAAAAUACCUCUGGUAGACUUGGAAACAAAGUGCACCAUACAUGAGUCUUAUGAUUUGACCGAUGAGAAGAAACGUAUGGUUGGUGGGAAGCUGGAGGUAAAAGUCCGUGUUAGGAAUCCUAUUGUAGCGAAACAGCUCGAAAAAGUUACUGAGAAAUGGUUGGUCAUUGCUGGAUUUUGAGAGAAACAUUAGGUUAAUGGAACAUUUUUGCAAAUUUUUUUUUUUUUCCAUGAAGUUGAUAGGCAUUUUAGAAUUGCUCUCUUUCCACCAAACUGGUAAAAUGUAUCUAGCUUUGAAUUGUUUUAGCGAGGAUUUUACCAAAGUUAGUUUUAUAUGACACUUUAUUGCCAUUUCUUUGUACAGUUUUUAUAGGUAAACAAACAUCAAAUAUUUCUCCCAAGGAACAAUGUAACUCAAAGCUUCUUUCUCAAGCAGAUUAUUUUAAU